AUGUCAAUAAAAAAUUGUUUCAACAAAGUGGGAAAGAGCUCUUCUAAUUCAAUAUGGUAUGAAUCGUUACUCGAUCGGGGCCUAAUUCCGGAUUUUAUUCUGCGUCGUGGUAUAAGAUUCUUGUUGGAUGACCGUUUGAGAGAGAUUAAAACUAGUGAUUUACAAAAGAAUCAACAACGAAAGAUGUCAUAUGUUAAGCAGUUAAAAGAGCGUCCAAUUGCCGAACACACUGAUAAAGCUAACGAACAACAUUAUGAGUUCAAACUUGAACAGAUAACAAAUAGAAUACGAAUAGGAAACGAAACUUUGGACGAGGCAGAAGAAU